GAAGGUCGGGGAGAAAGAAGGACUGGCGUUGGGUCCUCUACCAUGUCCCAAGGAGGCUACUUUGAGGGCGAGAGGCACUACCAAGCUCUGGAGAUGGCUCCAGCGAGGUCAACCACCACCGACUUGGCCCCCUUGUGUGAAUCGGAGCUGGCCUCCUACAUUGGGGAUGAGCAGUUACUCUCCGAGUUGCUUCAAGGGAACCAGCAGAGGUUGCCCAAGGGGGCCUCCUUCCCAAACUACUUCCCCACCGACCCGUACCCCUUCCUCUCUUUCGGAGGGGAACGCAAGGGCCUGUCCCCCUUUGACCCACGAUCGAUUGCGGUCAAGGAAGAACCUCGAGGUGGGCCAGCGGGGCGAGGGGUCGCGCGCCACCCGUACAGCGCCAUGCACUUGCCCACAAGCCAUUGUGCCCAGGUGGCCCUCACCCCACCAGGACCACGCGCCGGGCAAGCUCUGAGAGUGCUCAAGAGUCCGGCCUGCAACCCGCCCCCUCCUUGCGGCACCCCCAAGGGAAAGAAAUCCUUGAACAAAGACAGCCUGGAGUACCGCCUGCGCCGCGAGCGCAACAACAUUGCGGUGCGCAAAAGCCGCGACAAAGCCAAGCGCCGGGUGAUGGAGACGCAACAACGCAUGGUGGAACUGCUGGGGGAGAACGAACGGCUGCGCAGCCGGGUGGAUCAACUGAUGCAGGAAACCGAGACCCUCCGGGAUAUUUUCCGGCAGGUGCCCGAAGCCGCCAGGCUGAUCAAGGAUCUCGGGGGCUGCAGCUGAAGCCGGCAGGGGUUGGGGUGCAAGGUGCAAAGAGGGGUGGCUGGAAUCUAAAGCUUUUGCGUGUGUAAAUAAAAAAGGAUCGUUGCUCGGCUAUAACCAAACAUCUUUGGUGGUGAAUUUUAAUGGGUCUUCCAGGCUGCCCUCCAAAAUCUUGUAAGCAAGGAUUGAAAUCUAGGUGUG